AUGAUGGCAAGGGAUACAGUCAUAUCGCAAUUUCCCUCCGAGACUAUCCACGCUAUCGUCCUCUGUUUUCUCGACGACUGCCCGGAAAAUAAACAGGCGCUAUCACGAUGCACUCUGACAUGUCGAUAUUGGGAUGCGCCCCUCCGACCCUUGCUCUUUGGACAUCCUACCCUGUCUUUGCGAGAGGAUAUUGAUACUCUACUCGCGCUUACUAUGUCAUUUUCACUACCCAAGCCGCCUCUAGCCGACUGUAUACACUCGCUGAGCAUGACCAUCCACCUUCCGGCCACACGAAAACCAUGGUGGCACCGUGCAUACAAGCUGAACCGACUCCGGCAGGCUGUUGUCAUUCGUCUUGUUUUCGUCCGGGACGGUACCUCAUGGUACGGCUCCGGUCCUACGCACGGGAUCCCCCCGGUCUUCCGGGGACCGUGCCACGGCGGAUCGCGUGCAGUCUCGUACAGACUACUUGUGAAAAUGGCAAACUUCCACCGUAAACCCUCCUUGGAUCAUCACACCCCCGAGGACUUUGAUAAGUACACACCAUUUCUGGGGCUCAUUGUACCUCAGCAGGUUUACACUACACCUGGAAGAGCUGUGCGUCUUCCGACAAUACGCUUCUUCGACGACGGCAGGAGAGGAGUCAGCUUCUCUCGGGCAUUGAACAAGCAGUUGGACUUUCGGGCCCCGCCCUCCAAUACCGGUGCAAAGUCAUUCGCCAUUAUCAUUGAUCAUACUAUAAUUUCCGUGCAUGCGACGCAAUCGGUUCCGCUGGGCGGAACUAACUAAAC